GUGUAAUUAAUGCAAAACGCGUAUCGGGAUGAUAGAUAUCUUAAUCUAUAAAGUCCACAACUUUAACGCUUUAACAACUCAAUUCACGACGCCAGCAGCCGCGUUUUUCUGCCAGAUUCUUUUGUUUUGGGCAUUGAAUGAGUAUAUUUUUAUUAAGAUUUUAGAAUGGCUGGUCCGUCAUCUGAUCAGAAUAAUAUUGCCCAGAAGACAUGGGAGUUGUCAAACUGCAUUGAAACUAUCAGCACCAUGGACGAGAUUUAUAGAUACGACAGAAAGGAACAACAAGAUAUAUUAACUGCCAAACCAUGGGAAAAAGACCCCCAUUUCUUCAAGGACAUAAAAAUAUCUGCGUUAGCUCUGUUAAAAAUGGUUAUGCAUGCACGAUCUGGUGGGACGCUAGAAGUAAUGGGUCUCCUGCUUGGUAAAGUAGCAGCAAACACGAUGAUUGUAAUGGAUUCCUUUGCAUUGCCAGUCGAAGGGACCGAAACUAGAGUAAAUGCUCAAGCUCAAGCUUAUGAGUACAUGACAGCAUAUAUAGAAGCAGCUAAACAAGUUGGUAGAUUAGAGAAUGCAAUCGGAUGGUAUCACAGUCAUCCUGGAUAUGGCUGCUGGUUGUCUGGUAUUGAUGUAUCCACCCAGAUGCUCAAUCAAAAUUUCCAAGAACCAUUUGUUGCAAUUGUCAUCGAUCCAGUGAGAACCAUCUCCGCUGGCAAAGUUUGCCUUGGUGCAUUCAGAACUUAUCCUAAAGGAUAUAAACCUGCUAAUGAAGAGCCGUCAGAAUACCAGACGAUACCACUGAACAAAAUCGAGGACUUUGGUGUUCAUUGUAAACAAUAUUACUCCUUGGAGGUGUCCUACUUCAAGUCUGCAUUGGAUAGACGACUGCUCGACUCAUUAUGGAAUAAAUACUGGGUGAACACUUUGAGCUCUUCUAGCCUAUUGACAAAUGCGGAUUACACCACCGGCCAAAUAUUCGAUUUGUCGGAUAAAUUAGAACAUUCGGAAUCAGCUUUGGGUAGAGGAUUUGUUUUAGGCGGCACGGAUCCUCAUGAUCGCAGUACAGUGGAAAAACUCAUAAAAGCGACCAGGGACAGUUGUAAAACUACCAUCGAAGUUAUUCAUGGUUUAAUGGCGCAAAUUAUCAAGGACCGUCUGUUCAAUCACGUCGGUAGUAACGUGUCUUGUGAUUCUCAGCAAAAAUAAUAAUAUUCAGUAUAAUGUGUGUGAUAAUAAAUCUGCUAUGUGUAUUUGUAAUAAAGAUAUGUGUCCUCGUUUAA